AUGGACCAAGAAAUAUUCCAUUUAGGCGGAGUAAAGUUUUGGCGGACGGCUAGUGGCAAGCUAUUGAGAUUGGAUCCGGCAAGUCCGCAUCCACUCAUUGUGCGCGAUUCCAUAGGCGAAUUGGCCUCAUCCAAACCUAGACUUGUCAGACUUGCAAAUGGCAGAUUGGCAAGAAUUACUAAGAAGAGAAUACCCGCAUCUCUGCUACAUCAGCGUACUGCGUCGGUGGCAAAUUCGAAUCAGUUUCAUGCGAGUAUCCAGCGCUUUCCUGUCCCUUCUGCAACGGCUAGUGUUGCUGUAUCAGACGCCAUCGAUGCCUCUUCAUUGAUGGGAAAUGGUGAGGAAAGUACUGAGCUGUUUGAAGUGCAAAAGAAAGAGCCCACUCCUGCUAUCAAGGCUGAACCAGUGGAUGAGAAGGAGUUAGAAGAGCAACAAGAGCAACCUUCGUUGCCUCCUCCAACUGGGGAGGCUUUAAAUACAUUGCGACCAUCUCUCGCGUCAGCUUUGAGUGACGUGAACACAGCUCCAACCAAUGUGGUAUGUUAUUUGUAUGCUGUCUGA